CGUGGACGCCGUUCAACCUUGUUGUGCUUCCAAGACUGACCUAUUUGCUCAGGAGGUCACCGGCACACCAGGCAGCAAGAUGCAGACGAAGGCUUGCAUUGGAAUUCUCUUAUUGCUUGUUACUGAAAGACAAGGUACCUGCAAAAUGGUGAAUCUUACCGCAGAAGCUGAGGAAUACCUCAACAAAUCUGUUCGCCAUGGCUGGAAAACCUGGGGUCUGGAUCAAAAUUACGAGUACUGGACUCACCGACACCAAACUCAAUAUGAGUACCCAAUUCGCGGGACUGUUGACAAAUUUCAGCAAGACAAUCAACGCAGAGGGCCAAAAACGGUCGUGAGCAGAGUUUGUAAGGAGAGGUUCACGUGGAAUUUUGAGAGUGGCAUAUGGAGUCCCUUUCCACUUCUAGUCAAUGUUACUGUUCACCUGAUGAAAGGAGGGAGGCAAGCUUUUCAGUUGGACUUGAACAACGCAACAUCAAUUGUGAAACAGCAACGGCUGGGCGUGAAGAAAACAAAAGUGGCGAUUAUUGAGCUAAAGAAAUGCCAUUUCCACGCUGAAGUUACCUUCGAUGGCUGGUUUGCAUACAAAGUCAAGGAGGUACGGGGAGAUAUGCCUGAUUAUAUGUCUGUAGGUAUCGGACAGCUAAACGACUUAACGAAGGGAUUGAAGAGCGUUGGUCAUCACAAGUUGAAAUACAAUAUGUCAGGCACCUUUAAACACCAACUGGUAUGCACUAAUAAAAUUAAGGUGGGAAGGCCACAACCAAGAACGACCAAGAAGGGCGCCAGCAAAUUGAAAUGACCCCGUUACGUUGUAAUGCAUAUAACAUACUAUCACAAGUUUAGCAUCUUUGACAAUUUGUGCAUUUCUUUCUACGGAUUUCCGUGCUUCAGACAUAAAUCUAAUGAAUGAGCUCGGUUUUGCUUUACUUAACAUAUUUCCUUUCCUAGACUUCGUUCGCAUUUUUCUAUGCCUACGUAUGGGCAUCGCGUAUAUCAAUAAGAACCCUAGCUAUUACGUACGCGCGCUCUUCUGACAGCCUCUUCGCAUACGACGCCUACAACCUUGUGUACCAGAAAUAAAGUUUAUGCGGAA